ACGACCGGCAAAAGCUCAAUCUGGAAUUUUCGAGACAGUGUUUCUAAAAUUUGGCCUUGAUCUUCCUGAAUAUGUUUACAUUCUGCCUACACCCCUAAUAACUUUAGUUAGAGUUUAUUAAAAGUACUUAACGUAAAGUCCUUCACGUUUAAAGAUAUCGACCUGUGUCCUUAUGUAAGUACGUAAUUUAAAACAUUAUGUUCAAUUGCACCAUCAAGGAAAUCUAGAGGUGCUGACAAACUGAGUGGCUGUACCAUAAGAAGUCUACCAUUCACAAAGGAAAAUUUGAUCAUGCUUGAAUCUAUGUAGGUGUGUGCGAGCAAUUGCCUCAUAAGGGUUGAAUACACUGAAAAGCUUCGUAUGAAGCCUACUCGUUUAUCUGCAAGAGCUAGUUAAUUCAUGGCUACCUGCGUACACAUAAAAAGCAUAACAAGAACAAAGUAUAUCGCUGUAGAUUUUACGUAUAUAUUUGUAAACUGACUGUAUAGGCAAACUAGCUAACGCAUGGCAGUGCAGAAAUCUUUCGCCAUGACCGCAAUUUUGUGUGUCUGUCUUCAGCCUGCGACAGCCACACCUCCAGUCUCAGAAAAAGUUGAUGAAAGCUGGGUAAAUGAAGCGCUUGAUGUAGUGUUGGCGGAGGCGUCAGUGUCUCACUGUUCCUUAACUUUCAUGAUGGACAAGUUGUCUUCUUAUUUUUAUGAGGCGUUGAGGAUCCAUGUGCCCGCAACGAAAACUGGUUGGGAUGUGGUCCUCGAUGUGGCAGACGACGAAAGCGUUGGCAUCAAUCUCACCAUGACCCAAGUAGUGGCUCAGGCUCGUAAGAUGCGGCUGAUGUCCUGGUGUACAUUGGUGGUUGUCUUCAGCGACAACCCGACCUUCCUGUCUGUUUUCGCGGAGACGGUUGAUAAAGGUCGGCUGAUGGUGUGGGAAACAAGACUCUUAGUAAUCACCAGGCUUCCUCUGUCGAACCUUCAGGACCUGUUGCAGAACUACUGGACCUUCUCCAUGUUAAACACAAUGUUCCUUAAACUCAACACAUCAUCAGAAGAAAACCAUUGCCAGAUAUAUGGGCACAUGCCAUAUGGACCCACUGGAUCCCAUGUAGUGCAAUUGGCAAGUCUGAACUCUGGCAAUGUUUUAGUAUAUCUCAGUGACAGACCGCUGUUCCCUGAAAAGUACAGUAAUUUCCACGGUAUGAAGGUUAACGUCACAUGGCUUCCCUUAACACCGUAUUGGAUGGUGAUGAAACGACCAGGACCAAACGGCACAGAAGUAACCACGUUUAGUGGAAGGGAUUAUUGGAUCAUGGAAAACAUAGCACUGAUCCUCAACUUUUCUCUGAACCCUCUCCCUUACAUAGGAUGGGAUCACGUACUGAAGAGCUUGAGGACUCGUGAAGCUUUUCUUUGGCCUAUUCCCUUGCCAAUAUUACCGCACAUGUUGGAGCUGUAUGAUAUCAGUUUUUUUCUGGAGCAAUCCACUCUGGCCUUCGCUAUGGCUAAGCCGUCCACCAAACCUAGCUGGGAGACCCUUUAUCGUCCUCUCCAGAUCGACGUGUGGGGCCUCGUAGUGGCUUCCGUUGUAAUUGUGUAUAUUGUUCUGUUGAUGAUGAAUACAAGCGAUAAAGACAAGGGACCUGGUGCAUGGCUAGUAAUGAAGCAAGUACUUGGGACACUACUUGACGAGGCCAUCCCUGGAGAGCUACCACAACACAGUACCACGAGGGUGGUUUUGACGGCAUGGCUGAUCUUUAGUUUCGUCGUGGGAACAGUUUACCGCAGCAAUCUCACUGCCUCCCUCACAAUACCAAAGUACCCUCCUCGCAUCGAGACCCUCAGCGGACUGGUUGAUGCUAAUACUAAGCAAGUACAUCGUGCAUUUUUUUUUUCAUUCAAUGCAGCACUCAGUUUACCAGUAUAG